UCCCCCCGACCCCCCAGGAGAAAUUUAACGAGGACAACGUGAUAAGUGUUAAAAGGGAUUUUUUUUUUUUAUCCUCAUUAAGGCGGCGAGUCGCUCAUCCACAGCAGAAGUGUGACCAUGAGCUUUGAGCUACCCGGAUGCUAGCUAAAAGGACCAAAGUGAGACAUUUAGAUCGAGCUUCUAAUAUUCGUCGAAAUAAUAUCACAUUAUGUGUGUGAUGUCAUAGAUAAGGAGUGGAGAAUCAUCAAACUGGUAGCACACCACCUAAAGUGCUAAAGGUCAGGAGCCUUUGUCUUGCUGUCCAAAAUGAGCCGGGAUGUUCCCAUUCACAGCUGGCCUGGCUCCUACUACAUCAACAAUGAGAAGCGAUGGGAAAGCGGCACACUUUCCCUCACCAGAACCAUGGUGCAUUUCGUGUCUCACCAGAGCAAAAAGACUCUUGCCAGUUUCCGCCUCUCCAGAAUCAUAGAGAUCAAGACGGAGUCAUCAAGUUUUAUCUUCAGCACCCUUACAGUACUUGAAGAGGGCAAUGUGAAACAUUGGUUUGGCUCUCUUAAGCCCAACAGAUUGGUGGUUUAUAAUGUGUUGGAGCAUUUCUGGAGAGAGCGCCUCCUGUCUCCAGGCACAGAAGCCCAAGGGGCCGGGUGUCAGCCCUCCAAAGGGAGAGAGCUGCUCAACCUCGUGGCAGGAGCCCAGAGACGACUGGAGGACACUGGACGAGUUCUCAGCCACCAGGGAGAACAGUUUGACAACAUGAUGCAGGGACUAGAGAAGAUGGACUCCGACUUGGGCGUGGCUGAUAAACUUUUGUCAGAACUGGAGUCUCCUUCCUGGUGGCCCUUUGGCAAACUUCCCUGGAAGACUCAGCAAGACGCAAAGGCUGCAGAUUCCGCAAGAGCUGCCGCAGCUGCAACAGCUGGCAAAGGAUCUGGUAGGAACAAGGUCAUCUCCAGCAUCCCGGCUGUAGUGUCCAAAGGUGGGGACACCAAUUUGAAACCUGGAUGCUUAUUGGUUCUGGUGUCCUCUCUUGAAGUGCGAGACACAGACUGUCAACUCCUUCACCGCUUUGAACGUAACGAAAUCGAUGAAAUCAGAGUGCACAGCCCUUACGAAAUCAGUGUUAGACAGCGUUUUAUCGGGAAGCCUGACAUAUGCUACAGGUUGUUGUCUGCCAAAAUGCCAGAGGCGAUGUCAGUCUUAGAGAUGCAAUACAAAAAGAAGUUGGAGUUCACUCGUGAAUACGCUGCCUUCAAAGUAACUCCGGCGACAUCUCCAUGCGACACAGAGGGAUCAAAGUGGAAAGAAGGUUUACCGCAGAGGUGCCAAGAGACAGAGUUCCCGUUGGAGGUCCCAGCAGGAGAGUUGCCUCAGUUGCAGGUGCAUGUUCUCCAGUCAUCUGUCAGUCAGGCGGAGGCCCAGGAGCUCAAACAGAUGUUGAUGCAGCUGAAGAACCUGGCUCUGGAGGCGGAGGCAGAGUUGGAAAGGCAGGAUGAAGCUCUCGAUGUCCUGACCAGCUCCACGGACCGAGCCACCAUGCACAUAGAGAAGCACACCUGCCGCAUGAAAAGACUGAUGUAGUUCACAAAGUCCAGCAGCUUAUAGUAUGUGGUCACCAUGUCCCUCCGGAGAAAUGAACUGUAAGUUUCUUCUAUUUAUCAGAGAAGUAUAAUAUGAGAACAUUGAUGAAUGAACGCUUUCAGACACACCAAACCAGAGAUUAUUGAACUGGCAAUGUGUUGCCAUUGCAAGGAAGCAU